AUGCCGACAAACGUCGUCCUCCUCAGUUUGGUAAUAAUUUGUCUCUUCCACUUGGGGUACGUCUUCAUAGAAAGUUUUCCAAUGAUGAUGACAGCCAUCUGUUUUCUUUUUGAUUGAACCUAGUAUCCAGCAAGCAGUCAAAAUCUGCUUUUUAUUUUAAUGCCAGUUUCUGUGGAAAUAGCCCUUUAGAAAGCAUGAGCAAUUUACGUAGUGGAAGUAGGCCAAUUGCGAUACGUAGAACCACUCAGAUUAGGAAGAAAAGCGGUAGAAGUAGGGUUUUCCACAAUGUCUGUUGUCUCUCUACAUACCCUUUCACCGAACAUGAGUUGUCAUAAAUAGUUCUGGAAUAAAAUAUCAAUUGUUGAUAAUUUUUAUCGGUUGAAACCCGCCGAGUAUGAAAGUUCGGUCAGUCUUUCCAUGAGCAGAAUGUUCUAGCUGCCAGCAUCCGGUGAGCAACACAAAUCGGCCUUAAUGCGGCAAGCAAUUUAAUUAGAAAAUAAAAUAAUGCUACAAGCAAGUGCUUUUAAAUUGUAGUCAAGAUGCAAAUUAAAUGCCCGGAUUCAUUGUCCGAAUAUAAAUGUUUUCUUAAAAAACGACAAAAUUCUGAGCAUGAUAAAAUGAUUCUGGUAUUGUCCUUAGUGACUUGUGAUCACGGUAGCUCGGAAAUGUAGUCAAUUGUAAUUAUUGUUAGACGUGAUGUAGAUACUGGGAUAUUCACCUCCAAUUCUUUCCAAACAUGAGUUAAUAUGGGAUUUACGAAAAGGGUUUUAUGUCAGAAGCGUUGUUUUCCAGAUGUGGAAACAAAUUAUGUGAUUGGAGUAAACGUCUGAUUCCGAAGAAUGCUACCGGGAGCAUUACACUGGAAGUUCCGAUUGAGACCAGUUAUUGGGUACGUUAAUCAUAUUAAAUGCUAUUUUUGUUUCAUAUUUUAUGGCAACAUAUCUUUGAAGACGCAAUUUUGAUGGGCCACUGCCUAAUAAUUCGCAUAAGAAUUUAAUUAAGGUUGUUUUUGUGUGUUAAAGAGUGGAUAUCUGGGAAUUGGAAAAUUCUGGACAUAUAUUUGGGCAAGAGGAUGGUGUUCGUACAAGGAAGGUUACUUUCGCUGCCCCUACACAAAACGUAUGACCAUACAAGACCUUUAAAUUUCAUAAUUGCCAUUAUUUGCAUGAUAAUGCCCUUAGUCUAUUUCCUAGUUAAUCUGCAUUCACACCGAAGCAUAAAAUGCCAAAAUCUACUUGCUCUUUUGAAUAUUUUUAUCUUACUCGCAUUCUUGACUUACAAACUUCACAAUUCCCUGCACUGCCACGAAUGAAGUUGUUGUUUCAUGCUUCUGAUUAAGACGAAGACUAUGAUGCAACUGCCCUAACUUUUUCGAAUGCCGAGAAACUCUCCUACGUUAUGCUGAACAGCGAAUAUCCCAUAACAAUUCACAAGCCGCAGGAUGAAAGCAUUCGUACGUUAAACCAUGUCCUAGUUAAACAUAGUGCUACUUUCUUGCAAACUGUUCAAGCUCUGCCGGUACAGAAGGCAGUCAGUAAGCUUUUUCUUAAAACAAUUAAUUUUAGCUGGCUUUUAUGUGAAUGAGGGCACGGCAUUAGACAUCUGCACAGAUAACAUCACUGUUAGACUGCUAUGGGCGUUCAAUGGCAACGAAUCGGACCUACAGGAUGUGAGAUAUGCAUAAAUUAUUUCUAGCCUUUCUCAUCAGAAUGCUGUAGGAAAUAUUCGCCUAAUAUUUUUUUGUAUUUAAAGAUUAGUUGCUACACGUCCAAGAAGAAUAUUUGCUCUGGAUUGCGACCCGUUAGCUGGCCAUCGGAUGGCAGAUGUGGUAGGUGGCCUUCCCAUUGACUGCUCUUUAUCCUUCAUGCGGCGUUUAUAUCAAAAGCUAUCUCUAAAAUAAUUUCUAACACAAAUUUGUCCAUAUUUAAUUUCCAAGGAAAAUAGUGCGCGAACUUGUAGUAAAUCUCUUAGAACAGACCUUUUCGGCGCGGUCCGAAAUCUGUUAUGUAUAUUUGAGCUGACAUCCAUCAGCUUCUGCUAAAUAACCGUGUAAUAUUCAUAAAUCGCUAACAGUCAGUCAGCGGUAUAUUAUUAUGUAAUCAUUUUACCGUAAUAAAAACGUAAGUAUUAGUUAAAAACCUAGAAACGCGUGUUUUGCCGACAUUGUGCUGUUGCCUGACGGAGUUACGAGUGGCUCGACUCAUCUGUGGAUCCCCCAGCGUUCUCCGUGCGUUUUCUGGAAAUAUGAACUCCAGUUUCCGAUUUCGGACCGUUCCUGAAAAGGCCUAUUAUGAGAGACUAGCUCCGACUUCGCGCAUUACCUUCCACGGAAAUUAAACAAUUGAAGUUUAAACUGGAGUUCAUAUAGCAGAAUACACACGGGGAAGCUAGGAGACCGACUGAUGAGCCGCAGUUGCAUAAGGUAGCAGCACGGGAUUGACAAAACACGCGUGUCAGGGCUCUUAAGUAACUGGCCGUUAAGUGUUACUUACAGAAGAGGGAAGCCCCGGAUGUACUGAGUGUUCCACAAAAGACUUGCUCAGAACUAAUGUAGACACUCCCUUAGAUAAUGAAUUAGUAAACGGAAAGUUGAAGCAGAUUCACGAGCCUUCACAAUCCUAAGGUUUUUUUAUCGACAUCUGACCCACCACGUUGAAAAAGCUAAAUGAGACAGCUAUUGUGUGAUUGAAUAUGCAGGUUAGUCGUCAGAUACAUUCGCCUGGUGAUUCUUUAUCUAUUAAAAGUCAUCCAGUGACUACAUACCAAAAAACUGUAGACAAACUUCGGAAUUAUUGAAUCUUAAAUUCUUCUCGUCUUCCCUGAUAUGAUACCGGAGUUAAAACAUAUAUCUAACAUUUUCCUCUUUGAAUAUCAUUUAGGCUACUUUAUAGAUGAUGGUCGUUUAACAGUCGGAUAUGAUGUACGGAACAGAAAUGCAACAAAGAGUUUCUACUACUGUUACGCAGACAAGCAGAAGACUAGGGCGCUGACCUACAUUAUUGAUUGGAGAUGUUGGUCACUCACGUCGCUGGUGUAAUGUCUGUGCAAUGUUAAUGCGUUUUUGAAAUUCCGCAUGCAGACGUAGUUGCUGAGUUUAAUUGUAAAACAUUUUUUCUUACUGCAGGUUUUUCUAAAAGUAACCCCCGACCAGUCAUCACUACGCAAAUGCCGCAACCAAAAGCCACUUCGGGGGCAAGGAAAUUAGUAGGUGCGUCGGAGCUGAAGUUGCAAAUUAAUGUCGCUUUUUAAUUCGAAAAUUCUCGCAUAGCGACAAUACUACCCAGAAGAAAAUGAGCUUUCUCGUUCUUAAAACUCUGAAAGUUCCCUUAUUUGCCCACUUCCUCACAGCGUGGAGGAGCGGUGCUUUCAGUUUUCUGCUUCUAGACAAAUGUGCAGGUAACUAAGAAAGUAUUUGUCGAGUAUGUGGAUAAGUGUCGAGAACACAAUCGCCCUUGUAUUGGUCUUGGAUGGAUUCGCCGAAAUAUGGCAGGAAAAUUGCAACUGCAGUGACAGAGUCCUAUGCCAAAACCCAUUGGGCCAUUAAAAACCUUAACAAUGUGCCCUUUUUAACAAUGCAGCUAAGAUUAUUUAAAUGUGAAAGUUUUAGAAAUCAAAUUUCAGCUUGUAUUUUUCCUUCUGUCUGUAGUGUGUGCCAUACUGUUUAACGUCUGGGUGUUCAUGGUGUAA